GUCAGGAGGAAGCACAAAUAACCAAAAGAGACGAAGCAACAAGAUCCGUUAGAGAGCCUCUCGGAACGAAUUCCACUAAACGGGCCGCGACUCCUGACAAAACAAAAGCGCGGCGUCUGCGGAAGGCGGAUACCGGAGUUCAACGGAGGUUUAAUUUCAUCCGCAUCCUUAUACUGUAUCAGAGGAAACCAUCCACCCCCGCCCCCGGUGACCCAGAAAGUAAACAGUUGUCUGGCAGAUGGAGAAGCAGGCCGGAGCGGCGGACGGAGCAGGGCCGAACAGAAACCCCUGGGGCUCCCCGAUCUCCGGAUCAGCCACCGGUGACACUCUGGACAGUCCGACAGGUUCUCACGUGGAGUGGUGUAAACAGCUCAUAGCAGCCACCAUCUCCAGUCAGAUCUCAGGAUCCGUCCAACCAGACUUUGCGAACAGGGACAACAAGGCUGGGAGAAGACCAGAUUUCAUGGUGUCCAAGAGGCUGAAUCCCAGGAACCUUUCGGCUCUGAGAUACGGAGCACAGGUCAAAAUGUCCCAGAACCAGGUUCCUCUGCUGCCAGGAGAGACCAUCCAGACUACAGUCAAGGAUGUGAUGUACAUCUGUCCAUUCAGUGGUCUGCUUAAUGGGACUCUGACCGUCACAGACUACAAGCUGUAUUUCACCAGCAUGGAAAAGGAGUCUCACUUCAUUCUUGAUGUGAACCUGGGAGUCAUCAGCAGGCUGGAGUCCAUCAGUGUUCCCAACCAGGGAGAGAACACCAAAGGACUGGAGCUGGUUUGCAAGGACAUGAGGAGUCCCAGGUUUGCCUAUAAGACAGAGGAGAGCCAGCCAGAUAUAGUGGAGCUGCUGACCAAACAUGCCUUCCCUCUUUCUCACAGCCUGCCCAUGUUUGCCUUCCUGUACAAGGAGCAGUUUCCUGUGGACGGCUGGAAGGUGUACGACGCAGCAGCAGAGUACAGACGUCAGGGCCUACCUAAUGAGAGCUGGACCAUCAGUAAGAUCAACAGCACCUACGAGCUAUGUGACACCUAUCCCUCCAUCCUGGUCAUCCCCACUAACUUCACGGACGAUGACAUCAAGCGAGUGUCGUUGUUUCGGGCCAAGCACCGCAUACCGGUCUUAUCCUGGAUCCAUCCAGAGACUCAGGCCACCAUUGUGCGUUGCAGCCAGCCAUUAGUCGGACCGUCAGACCGCCGCUGUAAAGAAGACGAACGUUUCCUCCAGAUCAUCAUGGAUGCCAACGCUCAGUCCCACAAGCUCACCAUAUUUGAUGCCCGGCAGAGCAGCGUGGCCAUUACCAACAAGGCAAAGGAUGGAGGAUAUGAAAGUGAAAGUUUCUACCCCAACGUAGAGCUGAACUUCCUGGAAAUCCCGAACAUCCAUGUGAUGAGGGAGUCUUUAAGGAAGAUGAAGGACGUAGUUUAUCCGACCAUAGAUGAAGCCCACUGGCACUCCGCGAUUGACCAGACACACUGGUUGGAGUACAUACGGCUGUUAUUAUCAGGAGCAGCAAAGGUAGCAGAUAAGCUGGAAUCCGGGAAGACGUCGGUGGUGGUUCAUUGCAGCGAUGGCUGGGACAGAACCGCCCAGCUCACUUCUCUGGCCAUGCUAAUGCUGGACAGCUACUACCGCACGCUCAGAGGCUUCCAGGUUCUGGUUGAGAAGGAGUGGAUUAGCUUCGGACACAAGUUUUCUGCUCGAGUGGGUCACGGUGAUGAGAACCACGCGAACUCGGAGCGCUCACCUCUUUUCCUCCAGUUCAUUGACUGUGUUUGGCAGAUGACUCGACAGUUCCCAGCAGCUUUUGAAUUCAAUGAACUGUUCCUGAUCACAGUGCUGGACCACCUCUACAGCUGUCUGUUUGGUACAUUCCUCUAUAACAGUGAACAGGAGAGAGCAGCCAAGGAGGUUCAGGCCAAGACUGUGUCCCUGUGGUCCUACAUCAACAGCCAACCAGAGGACUUCACCAACCCUUUCUAUGUGGACUAUGAGAACCAUGUUUUGUACCCACUGGUCUCCUCCAGACACCUGGAGCUGUGGACCAGCUACUACGCCCGCUGGAACCCACGCAUGAGACCACAGGUGCCGGUGCAUCAGACACUGAAGGAAAUGCUGAUCUUACGAGCAGAGCUCCAGAGGAGGGUGGAGGAGCUGCAGAGAGAGGCUACCUCCCACUCCCUGUCCUCCUCCUCUGAACAUUCCCCCUCCCCCACACACACCACAGGAACCCCGCUACACACCGCCGUGUAACUCACAUCUGAAGCACCGCCACACUCCACUGUCUGCCACACAAAGGCACAUAGUUAUAUGCAUGUUUUAACCCUGUUACAACACAUGCUGAGGAUAACAAUGUUUACAACCUGAGGGAUUCGUAAAUUAUAAUACCAGUUCUGCAUUUAUCCAAAAACAUUUAGCAAGGUAAAGUGAUCUCAAGGUGUUUGUGAAGUUAAAAAAAAUAUAUAUUUAAGAAAGUCUUAAAAGCUUAAGGUGCACUUGGAGAAUGCAGAUUUCUACCAAGGCCAACCUACCAUUGUUAAGUGAAAUGGGAUUUCCCAGCAAACUAGGUCUGCAACAAAUUUUAUGGUUAGAACAUGCUCCACCUCUCCAAGUUUCAUGAAAAUCAGCUUGGUCGUUUUUCUAUAAUCCUGCUGACAAACAACCAAACAGUGAUGAAAGCAUUUCCUCCUCGGUGGAUUUUACUAGACCUAAUUGAACCUUCUUGUGAUUGUUUCCACUGCCUUCAUCAGUUCAGAACAGCCUGCUCCUUCUGUACUAAGAGGAACUAAGAGUUUGUGUUUAUAAUUACAUUCAGACUUGAUCCUCGGUUUUGUGAAGAUGCCACCAAUUUUAUUAGUAGGUGAUUUUAUUUUUGUAUGAGGAAACGUUACAUGUCUCAGGGCUCAGACUGUAGACAGCUGACAGUCACAUGUUGCAAAUAACUUUACUUUUUAAAUAAAAUAGCCCUGACACUUCAUCUCCACUUUGUCAAUGUUUGAGCAAUGUUGAUCAAUGCUGAAUCUUUAUGAUCAGCUAUGCCACAGCACUCAUUUUUUAAAAUUACAUUCACAGGAACUGUAAUUUUAUUAAAGUGGAAGAAUCAUUUUAGGAAUAAAAAUCAUAGACCAUUAUAAUCACAGCAUGAAUCCCAGUCUAAAAGUUAGCUGUUGACACCUCCAGAUCCCAUCCCUUCCAUAAAUACAUCGUGACCCUUCACCUACCUCCCGCGUGCAGACACUGCCACAGCAGAGACCAAAACAGAAACAGCCUGCCAUGAACUCUCUGCACUGGUGGACGGCUUUCUUUUCCCCUUCUUCACUCCCGGGACACUGCCUUCGUGUUUUUCUUUAUUUUGUCUUAAAAACUGUUGUCUUCCUUUUGUUUACAUUGGUGACUCCAUGAUUCAGCCGUGUCACUGGUUUUAUAUCCCCACCGCUUUGUUUUUUACUGGUGUAAAAUUCUGAUCAGUGUUUAUACUUAUACAGUUAGUGCCCCUUUUGUGUUACAAUAUAUUGGGUCGGGAGCUAAUAAUUUAUUUUUCUGUUAAUUGGGUGGAUGGAGCUUUGAACAUGGAGUGAAAGCAAUCUCUGUUUUCAGUCCGUGUUGACAGCAGGCUGCAAUCUUUUGUUUUGCUUCAGCGCAACAGUGGCACAACUUGGGAAACAAGUUAAAAGUCUUUUUAUCAUUUAGUGGUUAGGUCUUAGAGCAGGGGUUCCCAAACUUUUCAGCCCUCGACCCUCAAAAUAACAGUUCCUGAGACUGGUGACCCCCACUAUCCCCGGAGGUGACUGAAGCAUAACAAAACGUGUGCACACGGAUGCACGCACUAAUAGGUGUAUCCAAACACGGGCAAAACGACAAUAAAAAGGAAGAGAACAGCCUGACAACCAUGGUAUGAUUUCACAUAUAACAAUUUACUAUAAGAUGAAAGCAGACCACAUCCGUCAAAAUCUCCAUGUAACUUACGAGUGAACAUUGUUGCUGGAAUGCAAAGUAGUGACUUAUACACUUUAAUUUCCAUAUAAGCAGAAGAAUAUCUCAGUCAGAGUAACGGUGGUCCUCUCCUCCUCUCGCACCAGAAGUUGACAGUGGUUCUCCACCCCCCUCUGCUGCCUUCUCUUUUGUUGGUAUCAACCAGCGUUUCAUUAUGAAAAAUAUGAUCCAAGCUUUAAAUCCUAAUGUACUGGUUUGAGAUGUUCAGAAGAAAUCUCCUGGUGUACCCUGACAUGUGUGACAUAUGUGAUGUUUCACGUCCAAAUGAUACUGUUGUUAAUCCGUUGUAAUCACUCCAGGGGUUACAUCAGGAGGACUCUGAAAAUCAUUUCGCGACCCCUCAGGGGGUCCCGAGGCCUCACUUUGGGAACCCCUGUCUUAGAGGAUUCAGGAAAGAAAGUGCUGAAAGAGUAGAUAUGUUGGAUUUUUUUUGUCUUGAAGUCUUGAAGCUUAAACCUGCAAAAGUGCUACUUAUUUCUCACUUGAUCGUGACUAGAACAGUGUUAUUUUAGGUCUUUGUUAAAUAGGAGUGACAAAUAAAACAGCCAAUCAAAAUUGAGUGUCAGAAGCGUAUUAUUGUUACCCAGCUAGUGUGUCAAAGUGAAAGUUUUUUCGAUUGUCAUACAGUCAAUACAAUCAUAAGUUUAAUGUGCUAUGAAAGAUUUGAGCAGGUUUCACUGCUGACUUAUAAUAAUUCAGGAUGUUUCUUAGCUUUUAAGUCCUGGACAAUUGCACAGAACGUUUUGUGUGACUAUAUAGUGCCAUCCCAGCCAAUUAGAAGAGUAACAAUCAGCCCUCAUCCAAUAAUAUUAGUUUGGAUAACGGUUACGAAUGUGGUCCUGUUGCUGUUAUUUCAACAGUGCACUCACUUGUUGGGCUGGAUUAGUGUUUAAAUGAGCACAUAGCAGGUUUAACCCUCACAGUUCUGCCUACUUUUAUUAUUUUUGCUCUUUUGGUGUAUUUUUACAGUGUAAAGGCAGCCCUUUUAGUCGAACACAAUGUCACCCAUAUAUUGCUGUACAUACAUGUGGAAGCUUAAGUGUGAAUUUGUCUUUUUUUUUUAAUGUAACCAUGUUUAAUUAUGUGAAGCUAAACACAAAACCUCCUAAUGAGCCAUAUUCACUUCUGACAUUCCAUUAAAAAAAAAAAUAAAACAGGAACAAUUCAGAAA